AUGAGCUCACUGAGUUACUCCACCCCUGAUGAAGAUAAGGUCACCUGGACAGAGAAGGAGGGCCUGUGGCUCAACAUAGUGGUGAAAGAGGAGGACGAAGAAGAAGACGUUUUUGGAGCGGAGGAGGAGAUCACUGUAAUAUUAAAAGAGGAGAAGACCGGAGAUCUAAUUAACACCAGAUCGGAGUCAUCUAUUAGAGAGUGUAACAUCAAAAAGAGUCCUUAUUUCUGCAAUAAGAAAUAUUAUACUGAUGUGACCUGUUCAGAAUCUAUACAGCUUGUUGAUGGAGCUGGUUUCUGCUCUGGGAGGUUGGAGGUGAAGUCCAGUCAGACCUGGGUCUCAGUGUGUGAAUCUGACUUUGACCAGCAGGAUGCAGAGGUGGUCUGUAGGGAGAUUGGCUGUGGGGCUCCUGUAGUUCUACAGGGGGGGCUCUUUGUAAAAGGUAAGGGUCAGACCUGGGAUAAAGAGUUCCAGUGUAAAGGAAAUGAGACCCGCCUUCUGGACUGUAACACCUCAGACAGAAAAAACAACACCUGUCUACCUGGUCAUUCUGUUGGAAUCACCUGUUCGGAGCCUCAUAAUGUGAGGCUGGUGGGAGAAGCCAGUCGCUGUGCUGGUAGAGUGGAGUUGUACUACCAGGAAGAGUGGAGGAUUGUGGGAGUUGAAAGAAGAUACAAAUAUUGGGAGGAUGCAGCUACAGUCGUGUGUAGACAGUUGGGUUGUGGCUCCAGUGUUUCAGUAAUACCUGGAAACACCAUUAGAGGAACGGUUCUUUACUGCAAAGGAUCUGAGGCUGGAUUGAGAGAAUGUGCAACUUGGAUGAAUGCUGAAUCAUAUUUAAUCACAGUGAUCUGUUCAGACGACUCCCACCAAGGAAACUACAGAUGUGUUUAUAACAAUUAUGUUUUCUCUCAUAACUUCUCCUCUGAGGGUCAGCUCCUCUUCCUCACCAUCACAGCCUCUCCUCAUCCAGCCUUCAUCAUCAGACACGUCAUAGUGCUGCUCAUUCUACUGACAGUCAUCAUCACCUCCUGCUUGAACUACAAGUCCACCAGGGGGCAGAAGAGAGUGAACAGGGUGACCAGCAUGGAUCUUCAUGUCAGUACCAAUGUCAUAGAGAUGGUCUCUCUGGACUCCAGAACUGAUGCCGGGCCGGGAGAGGAGACAGCAGUCCAGGAGACAGAGUAGGAGUAUGAGGAGUACCAGCUGAUGUUGGUCAGUUUUGUGUUU